AUGCCGGGCUCCCAGCUUAAACAAUGCACCUCGUGCAUGGCACAAAUAUUUGUGGCAUGCAAGAGGUGCAAAGCCUGUGGGGCAGAGCAGCCUUUUAAGGUGGCUCUCGCUGCCAAAAAGGCGAAGGCAACAUCAGACUGGGCGGCAAAGAUGAGGCGUGGGCAUAAUGUGCCCAAGCUCAUCGACCGUGCCAGUGCGUUGAUACACCAAUUAAAUCAGGUAGGGCUUUCCCCUGUCCUCCUUUUAUGCCACCCUGGACCCCAAAGAGUAAAGGCAGACCUCCUUACCGAGAUGCAGGGCUCCACAGAAGAGGAGGUCCUGGCCCUGAAAAAGAUGAAGGACCUCUAUCGGUCCCUGGUCCUUCUGGGGAGAGGAGAGGAGGAUUGCCAAAAAGAGGCAGCAGAGGCAGAGGAGGAAGAGGUAGAGAGAGAAGAAGACGUACAAGUAGAGGAUGGGCAAGAGGAGGAGGAACGAGGAGACAGCCAUCAGGAGGAGGAGGUAGAAGAAGUAGAGGGUGGGCAAGAGGAUGAGAAGGAGGGCAAGAAGGGAAUUAGUAUGGACGAGGUAGAGGAAGGGGAAGAGGUCAUCGGCAAGGAAGGACGAGAUGAGGAGGGAAGGAAAGAGGAGGAACAGGAAGACAGCCCAAGCGAAGAAAGGGAUACCAUCAUGGAGCAGGAGGUAGUGGAGGGGACAGAGGAGGAGAACGUCAUGGAGGAGGCAGGCCUGGACAGAGACAUAGAACAGCCAUUGAAGAAGCGGAAGGAUAAAAGUGUUAAUCAAGAAGGGUGCAAAGACUGCACAUUGAAAACCGUUUUUCCAAUCCAGAGGCUCGGCAAGAGGAGAUGGAGGAAGGGGAGUGGACCGGAGAUCCUGGUCUUCUGGAGGCCAUGCGAGUCCUGGUGA